GGGAACGUUCAGGAAGGAUAGCACAAGCUGUCAGACGGGUCUCCACCUUCCCGAGGAGAGGAAUGGAAUGCUCCAGGAACUCAAAGAAAACUUCACAACUUUAUCUUUGUUUGGGAAAAAUGUCAACUUUCCCGCUCCGAGGAUCCGGACAGGAGCAGCUCGUCUGUGCCGAUAAUUAAAAGAACUAUAAGAAUUAAAGAAAUAAAAUGGCGUCGGAGGUGAAAUUAAACGGGAAUGAACUUUUGGAAGUUGACAUAUGCGACCGCGGCGCGUGCUCCGAGGACGAGAGCGGUGUUUUUGUGAACUCUUCCGCCUCCCAUCAGGAGGAUUUCUCCGGCUUCCAGCAGUGGACGAUCCCCGCCGAGUCACCGACUGACACAUCAUCACCCCCCCCGAGCACGGAGCGCGGGGCUCCGCCUGCCGCCGCUACCGCCGCCCGAAGGGCCAGCACGGCCGGGGACAGCGACUCCGACUGCCGGGGGGAUGCAGUGAAAGCCCCGCGGAGCUCCAUAGUGGACUGCCUGCUGGUGGAGCUGUAUGAGACGUACAGCGGAGGCGGCAGGACGAAUGUGGACAGCUGGGACAGCUCCACCGAGGCGUCCGGGUCGGAUGCCUUCCUGGGCCGCAGUAACUCCGGGUCCAGCUUCCUCCAGGAGCUCCAGGAGAAACACACCCGGAGGCAUCAGAUGAACUACCUGGCGCAGAAAGCCCCGGAGGAGCUGCAGUCAAUCAUCCAGGAGGUGAAAUAUCGCACAGGGCUGCAGUCGGCCAAGCUCAUCCGCCAGCUGAGGAGACGGGACCGACUGUGCCACAAACUGCAGAAGAACUACGACAUCAUCACAGCUUGCCUUCAGGCCGUCUCGCAGAAACGACGAGUCGACACAAGACUGAAGUUUACCAUUGAACCAUCGCUGGGAAAGAACGGAUUCCAGCAGUGGUACGACGCUCUGAAGGCAGUGGCUAGACUCCCGACCGGGAUCCCGAAGGAAUGGAGGAAGAGGGUUUGGCUAACGUUAGCAGACCAGUACCUCCACAGUAUCUCUAUUGACUGGGAAAAGACGCUUCGCUUCGCCUUUAAUGAGCGCAGCAACCCGGACGACGACUCCCUCGGCAUCCAAAUCGUCAAGGACCUGCACCGGACCGGCUGCAGUUCGUACUGCGGCCAGGAGGGGGAGCAGGACAGGGUGGUGCUGAAGAGGGUGCUGCUCGCGUACGCCCGCUGGAAUAAAAGUGUGGGCUACUGCCAAGGGUUCAACGUGCUGGCGGCACUCAUACUGGAGGUUACUGAAGGCAGUGAGAGCGACGCACUAAAGGUGAUGAUCUAUCUGAUCGACAAAGUGCUGCCAGAGAGUUAUUUUGCCAACAACCUUCGAGCAUUGUCAGUGGACAUGGCGGUGUUCAGAGACCUGCUGCGCCUGAAGCUGCCCAGACUGUCCCAGCAUCUCCACCACCUUCAGAAAGCUGCCAACAGAGAGGCCGGAGGCAGCUACGAGCCUCCAUUGACCAACGUGUUCACUAUGCAGUGGUUCCUCACCAUGUUCGCCACCUGCCUGCCGGCCCCCACUGUGCUGAAGAUCUGGGACUCGGUUUUCUUCGAGGGUUCAGAGGUGCUGUUCCGGGUCGCCCUCGCCAUCUGGGAGAGACUGGGAGAGAGGAUCGAAUACUGUCAGACAGCAGACGACUUCUACAGCACGAUGGGUUGUCUCACUCAGGAGAUGCUGGAGCACAACCUCAUCGACCCCACUGAACUCAUGCAGGAGGUUUAUUCCAUAGCAGUGUUUCCUUUCCCUCAACUGGCUGAGCUGAGAGAGAAAUACACCUACAACAUCACUCCAUUCCCUACCUCAGUCAAAUCCAAUGGAAGUGGUGGUGGUCUGGGCAGCUGGGAGAGCGAUGACGAUGCCGACAUGGACGAUGAAGACUCUGUGGUGACGGCGCUCGGUUGUCUGGGUCCCCUGGGCGGCCUGCUGGCGCCCGAGCUGCAGAGAUACCAGAAACAUCUCAAAGACCAGCGAGCGGAGCAGGGGAACAUCGCAGAGCUGAGCCCCGGAGCGGUGGGAGCUGGAGGGGCAGGAGCUGGAGGCGGUGGAGGAGGAGGAGGAGGAGGAGCCAGGGCCGAGCAUCAGGCAGCAAUCAACAGCAUGAUGAUGGAGAGAAUGAGCACCGACAUCUACGCCCUGAAGAAGCAAUACACGCGUAUCAAAAGGCGGCAGCAGCAACAGGCUAUGCAACUCUACAUACGCACAGGACCUGGACCUGAAGUGCCAACACGUCCGGGGAUUCCUCAGGAGCGUCUGGAGAACCACAGUGACGGUACCGACGACCACGCUGACGACAAGUGCCCCGCCACCCGUGUCCUGGCCUCCCAGCUCAACCCCUCCAGCUCCGUCAUCAACCACCUCCUUCUGGGUCGGAAACCACGCGGAGGAGGCCCCGGACUCUCAUCCACAAGCACAUCCACGCUACCAGGGUCCAGACCCGCUUCCCUGUCCCAGAGUCACGGCUCUCCAGCCAGGCAGCGCUGUGGCUCCAACAGUACCGGAUCUCCGGGGAGCUCUGGAGGAGGCGCAACGUCCCCUUGGCGUGCUCACGUCCGGGUGCAUCGGAGGAAUAUAGCCAGGGCCCGAGAACAGCUGGGCUUCGGAGGUUCAGAGGAAAGGGAAGACGAGGAGGAAGAGAGAGAAUUGGAGAGACUGGAGGGUGAAGAGGAGAAUAAGAUUGAGGAAAAUGAUGAGGAGCAGAAAGAGGGGAGUGACUCCUCUGUGUCUCCAUCUCCUGAUCCCUCCGGUGCCGUGUCAGUGUGUGAAGAGGCUCCACAGGUUGCAGAUGUGACCAAAGAAGUAGAAGUCGCAGAGGUGGUGGUGCAGCUGGACUCCCUGGAUCUAGAGGACGGAUCACAUCUGACCUCCGCAAACCCAGAUACGCAACCCACGCUGCCAGAGUCUAAAGCUGCACCCCAAGUCCCUCUCCUCCCUCCUCCACCAUCCUUAAACACGCAUAAAGAGUCGGACUCCUCCGGCUCAGAGAGACCCUUUACCUCCAUCGCUUUACCUCCACCUCACCACUCCUUCAACGUCCCUUCCUCCUCACCUUCCAGCCCGAGUCCGUCCCCCUCUCCGGUCCCUACAUCCGCUUCUCCUACGCCACCGAGCUCCACAUCCCGCCUCCCAUCAUCCCCUUCAGCUAACAGCCUGUCCUCUCUCCCUCCUCCCGCGACCUCCACCUUUUACAAGACGUCCUCCCCCUCCACUCCCUCACUCUCCUCCAUCUCCUCAUCGUCCACAUCCCGUAUGUCCUCCUCCCCGUCAACCCCGGCGUUCCCGUCCACUGGCGCCUCCACUCCUAAACACCAGGUCUUCUCCCCGUUCCCUAGCGUGAAGCAGCCCAGGAAAUCGGCAGCAGCCAGAAACCUCGGCCUCUACGGUCCUACAUCCAGAACACCCACAGUCCACUUCCCUCAGCUGAGCCGCAACCUCAACCGUAGUAGUGGUGCCGGCACCACCGGGAGGCGAUGAAAGCCUCUGGAUCUCUGAACUGAUGCUAGAAACACAGUCAUACUAUAACGACACCGUGUUGCCUCCUGCAUAUCAAGAAAACAACCCUCAUUUGAAGCAGAUUGAAAGUUUAGAAAUCUCUUGAUUAUUGAUGUUGAAAUGUGAAGAUUCACCGAAUGAAGGUGUCAUUCUGAAAUCCACAAGCCAUUACAGACAAACAUUUAAAGCAGCACUAUGUAAGAUUUGGUCUUUGUUGCCAUUUGGUGCCCCUAAGUUGCAACUAGUUGCUGAGAAGAGUCUUAGUUGACCAACUUUUCAUUAGUUGGAUAGUCGCGCACAGGAGGAUGAGCGCAGGGGCUGUGCGAGCGGGCAACAGAACCGGGUUCACAGCCUCUGAGACCGAUGGAGGCCAGAUGAUUUUACAGCGGCUCCGAACCAGGACUCUGACAAUGAAAACACGACGGGUUCAGGCAAGAACAGAAUAGGGGACUUAUAACGAGACUUAUAUAUAUGUAUUUAAACAAUUUAAUUUAAUAUCAUAAAUGUGCAACGACUAACAACGACUAGUGGACUACAAACAGCUUUAGUCAGUGCAGCUCUAAUGGACAGCUGUACGUUUGAUGUGAUUACUUAUGAUCAAAACCUAGUGAGUUGCUAACAGCCAAACAUCAAACAAGUGCAGCCUUUAAUUUCACCAACAACUAAAAGUCAGUCCCACGUUUACUCUUGUCCGGCAGCUUUUCUAUUCUUAGCGUCCGCCGUCCUCUUUGGUCUCUUCUCCUCUGCCGUUAGCUCCAUAGAAGCUGCUGAGCCCAGUUACAUUGCCCGCUGCACGAUCUGACAUCCGAAGCCUAAAAACGUCCUCCCCCCCGGCGGUCCGGAGCUCCAGUGCUACCAGCGUAAACACCAACACUCCCCCGGUGCUCUGAGCACCCAGUCCAGAGUGUCCAGGACAGGAUGGCUAAGCUAACUAGCUCACAGCAGCUACAUUUGGCAGCAGUUACUUAACUCUGUAAAUCACAUAGAGUUGAAGCGAUCAGAAGGAAAACCAGAAUUUCUCCAUAAAAUAUGAUCGAGUUUCACCAAAAUCAGCGACUCAGAUGUCGGUGUUUGACUUAGUGCCGUAAAGCACUUGUUCCGACCUGGAGCCAAAAGUUACACAUCGUGAGAACAGGCGUACAGAGGCACCAUUCACCCUGUUACAAUUCACUGUAGCAUCAGAAUGAUAGUGAAGCUGUUAUUUUAAGGUGGAAAAGUUACAUAAUGUUGCUUUAAGGAUUAGUGUUUCAACCACAUCUGUACUGUACAGCCAAGGUAAAGCUACCACAGGACAGUAUCAAGCCCUUUACGGUAGCCUAUGCAGUUCCUUCUUGACCAUAAUGGAUACAUGAUAAUAAAACACAAAAGGCAUGAGGCGUGAACUUUUUGUUUUUAGGACUCAUUGUGUCUCGUCUGCAUUUGUGUCGGACUCGUCUUCAUCUGCUGAACAGUGAGAAAAGGAUUCUCCUCGGACUGAAACAGAACGAGACUCCUGCCCUGGACAAACACUUCCUUCUGGACUCACACGGGGCACCAUAAUGUGAGAUUACGCAACAGCCAUCCAGUUGUUUCGAUGCCAAGUAUUUAAAGAAAAACAAGAGAUACCUAAGAAUUGCUGUAAAUGAAGAAUCAUGAAAACUUCAGUGUGUGCCCAAAAUCUUAAAACGUUUGACGUCCUGAAGCACUUAACAUUUUAUCUUGUUCUGUCUGAUGGUGAAAUCAGUGUUUGGUGUGUGUGUGUGUGUGUGUGUGUGUGCGCGCGCUCUGUAACUGUUGAACACGAGGAAUGUUGGUCAGUAACGAAGGAAGCGUGAAUUGGAAAGCGACUCUUCGACCCACUUGGCAGUUUUGUUUUCGACCGUCUGGGUGAAAAAUGUGUAAAUGAAAUGUGGCAAAAUUAAAUAUAAAGGAAUUUAUCAAUAAUUGCUCGUAUCGGUUGCUAUGUUCACAGAAAAUAAACCUGCACAGCACUUCAGGUGUUGAUUAAAUCCCAGUGUGGUCACCUGCAGCUAAACAUAAUGCUUCAUUGUUUGUACAUUUGAGCACAUUUAGCGUAAUUUAAUUUACAGAAAUGAAUCUUUCUUCUAUCAUCUACCAGGUUGAUGAUUGUCACAAAUUCAAUUACCGUAAUUACCGUGACGUGGACACAAACUGUAACGAAAUGUGAUACUGCUUUAUAUAACUUACAAUGGGCUGCACAUCAACGAUAGUACAACAGAGCUAUACAUAAGGAAAAAUACCUACACGUGAAUACUUAACUUGGUAUUUAUUUAUUGUGUUGUUUGGCCUUCUUGUGGAGCACUCACAUAAUCGGUGCCUGUGGGCAUUUAUUGUGUUGGCAGCAUGACGAAGGCUGUUUUUGAAUAGUUUUACAAGUUGCUAAAUUUGACAUUCAACCAAACAAACAAUUGUAGCUGGAAGGGACUUAAAGCUUUAAACUUACGCUUUAUCAAAAAUGUACCCUUUCUAUGCCCCGCCCCUUUUGGAAGCUUUACCCUGGGCGGAGGUCGAAUCAGCCACAGUAGCUCAAUAACUAAAAGUAUGUUACUCCCCCCUGUUAUGCCUUCAAGUAUCUCCACAGUCGUACACAUUAUUAGUAUUUUCGUCUGUUUUACAACCUCCUACAGUGUUAGUUGCCACCGUUUUAUCCCGAGUAGCCAAACGUCUGUUGAAGGAUGUCGCUCUGCAUGAUUGAGUUCGCUCUUAUUUUCCACUGCCGUAAUUUCAAUGUAUCAUCUUAAUCCUUACACUGGUAAAGGAAAGACGUGAUUAUCAGAUCUGAUAUUCAGCAUUUUUCCAAUUAUCAUUAUUUCUUUUUACCGAUUGCCGAUACAUUAAUUUAAAAGUACUUUGGCUCUGAUGGAGCGGCAUUGAUCUGCCUGUAGUCUCGCUCAAAGUCCCGCCCACAGCGCUGUCUGAUCAUCACAAAUAAUAAAGUAAUAAAUGCUUUAAGAUAAUGUUAAAAACUUGUCUUUUGCAGCAUUUAAACAUAAUUAUGCUUAAAGUACUCAAAUAUUUCACUUACGUAGUUCCACAGUCUAAAAAUACUCAAAAACGUACGUAUUCGCAUCAAAAUAUACUUAAAAAGUUAUGAAAAAAUGUGAGUAAAAUGUAUAUUUGCCUUAAUUUAACUCAAACAAGUUGUUAAAACUUUUUACAUCAAAGUUUGUUCUUUUUUGUAAACAAAAUACCAGUAAAAAGUGCUCAAUCGGGAAUGUUUCUGUAACUUAAGUUAGUGUCACUUAAAAUUACUGGUAAAAGCUGAUUAAUGAAGAAUCUUUAACUUAACAGAAUUAAGUUAGUGUUACUUAAAAUGUAUAUAUACAGUUUCAACAAUUUUUUGAGUUAAAUGAACGUCUCUGGAUUUACAGUCUCCCGAUCGAUCUCUAUCACUCACUAACUGCAGGAAUACUGUAAUUCAUUGACACCAACAUGAAUCACUGAAUUUAGUUUCACAUAAACACAUAUUGUGUCUGACUGACUACGUUACACCAAAGUAUCCUUCGUUACCGAGGCCGAUACUGCACUCCAAUAAAGAAACACUUGGAAGAA